AUGCAUACCAAUCAAGUUUACAGAGAGCGUGUUACUGCAAAUAAUGCACCACACAAAUGGUGGCACCACCGUUGGUUCAAAAUAAUCGGCAUUUUUGUUAUUGUUUUAAUAGUUUUUGCUGUUAUACUUGCUCUAUUGUUAAACUUCGUCGUUUUUGCACCGGAGAAAUUAGAAACUAGUAGCACCACCGCAACAUCAUUAUCGCCACAAACAACAACUACGACCACAACUCAGCAGCCAGAAUGGUCUGUUACCGGUAAUAUGAAUAAUGCACGAUAUUUGCACACAGCAUCUGUAUUAUCAAAUGGAAAAGUAUUAGUUACUGGUGGAUUAGGCAAUAGCGGUAUGUUAAAUAGUGCUGAGCUGUAUGAUCCAUCAACAGGUAUUUGGACAACUACUAGCAAUAUGAGUGUUGCACGAUUUCAUCACACAGCAUCUGUAUUGUCAAAUGAAAAAGUAUUAGUUACUGGUGGAUACGAUAAUGGUUAUUUAAAUAAUACUGAAUUAUAUGAUCCAUCAGCAGGUACUUGGACAACUACUGGUAACAUGAAUAAUGCACGAUCUUUUCACACAGCAUCUUUAUUAUCCGAUGGACUAGUAUUAGUUACCGGCGGAGAGUCUCGUGGUGCUUAUUUAAAUAGUGCUGAAUUGUAUAAUCCAACAACAGGUAUUUGGACAACUACUAGUAACAUGACUAGUAUACGACAUAAGCACACAUCAUCUGUAUUUUCAAGUGGAAAAGUAUUAGUCACUGGUGGAGGGACUCGUGGUGCUUAUUUAAAUAGUGCUGAAUUGUAUGAUCCAUCAGCAGGCAUUUGGAUAACUACUGGUAACAUGACGAAUAGACGAGAAUAUCACACGGCAUCUGUAUUGUCUAAUGGAAUAGUAUUAGUUACAGGUGGAAACAAUGCUUUUCCUUAUUUAAAUACUGCUGAGCUGUAUGAUCCAUCAACAGGUACUUGGACAGCUACAAGUAACAUGAUUAAUGCACGAUCUUUUCACACGGCAUCUGUAUUAUCAAAUGGAAAAGUAUUGGUUACUAAUGGAUGGAAUGGCUAUUUUUAUUUAAAUAGUGCUGAAUUGUAUGAUCCAUCAACAGAUACUUGGACAACUACUGGUAAGACGAAUAAUGCACGAGAUUAUCAUACAGCAUCUGUAUUGUCAAAUGGAAAAGUACUAGUUACUGGUGGAUACAAUGGUCAUAUUGCUUUAGAUAGUGCAGAAUUAUAUUAA